AAACACCAGACUUUGUUCAUUACUGCUGUUUAAACUAAUAUGUUAGUGUGAAGGUGUCUGUAGAAUCCUGCACUGUUCCACCUUCCUGCCUCAGUACUGACUGUAUAGUUAAUAAAGCAGACCAGUGAUCUUUAUUAAUAAUGUAAAUAACAAAAAUCACAAACAUUUACUCAUCUUUAAGCAAGUGGACAUUCAACACUACAGUAAAAGAGAAAAUGCCAUAAGAUUUCUGAGAAAAUAUUACAUCUAUUAGUUUGAACUGAAUUAUUUAAAGUGAUUAAUUCAUAAAAUAUUAAUGUGACCCAGUUCCAUUAUAAAAUAAUCACAAAGAUCACGGACAGGGAGAAAUAAACGUCUCUGUCUCAUGUGUUGCACAGUUGUUACAACAUCAGUGUCAGAAACCAUUCAUUCACCAACAAACACCUGAAGUAAAACCUGAGUAUGAUUUGAUCUGUAAGUCCAACAAAGAGUUUCAUGACAGCCGAGAAAACUGUUCAAUAAUGGAUUUCCCUGUUUUAACUCGGCUCUGACUGUUUAUUUCUGUUAUGUAUCUAAAUUUACUUAUUUAUUCUCUCUAUUCAUCCUUCAUCUAUUCAUCUCAGCUCUAACAGUCAGGACAGUAGAUUAAAGUAACUAAUAAACUAAUGAGUUAUAAGAAUAAAUGUGAGAAUAUAAAAUGAGAUUUCAGAAGCUUAUUGAACACCAGAACAGAACAGGAGACAGGAUGUAGAGUCUCGUGGCUGAAGAAGUUAAACCGGAAAACAGCAGAAACAGAAGACUUUUUAUUCCACUAAGUGUCUGUUCACAUGUUCAGUGGAGGAUGUGUGUUAGACAUGGCAGAGUUCCUGAGUGGGUUUAAUCUACAGCUGAUGAUUGGUGUCAUCAGUCUGAGUCUCCUUCAGAACAUUUCAGCUGAUCUGUUAUCUGUUGAUCCUGGAGAAAACGUCACUCUGUUCUGUAACAUCACUAAUUAUUCAGAGAUAUCGUGGUAUCACAAGAACUCAGCAGGCGUGAGGCAGAUUAUAUCAACCAGACAAGGAAAAGUGGACAAACACUUUCAUGUUGUUUAUAAUGAGGAUAAGAGUCACUUUGCUAUAACAGAAAUCAGCAGUUCAGUCAGUUUAGUGAUUAUUGGAGUUAGAGACACAGAUCUGGGAUUUUAUUACUGUGGAGGUCGAAAAAAGGAACACAAUCAGUUUGGGAAAGUCAUCAGUCUGAACUUUACAGGUGGCAACAGAAAUGAGACUCGUUCUUCAUCAGAGGAUUCAGAUUCACACCAGACUGGAGGAACUGAGAACAUCUGGAUUAUACAUAUGAUCAUAAUGUGUGUGUGCUCCAUCUCUGUCCUAAUAAUCAUCAUCUGCUCAUGUGUGCUCUGCAGCAGGGUGGAAGGAAAAUUAUCAUCAUCAUUAUCAUCAUGCUGCAGUCACGACACCAGCUCCACUGAACAGGAUGAAAACCUUCAUUAUGCCAGUGUUCAGUACAAAAGAAAGACCAGAAAAUCUUCUAUGAACAACACAACAUCAGAUUUGGACAGUGUGACGUACGCAAUAGUCGCCUCACGGCCACAGAGACACUGAACAACACAAGAGAGCUCUGCUCUGAUCUCAUCAUGGAUUUCAGAUCAUCUUAAACUUCAUCCCUGCACCACUGAGCAGAUGUUCAUCUCUGGAUCUUCAUCACCAUGUCAGGAUCUUCUGAUUUACAGCAGAACUCUCAGAUCACACAUCAGGGACCAUCAGUUACUCUUCUAUCUAACUUGACAUGGAAAGUUGUCAGGACACACAGUGCUGAAAAGGUUUCACUGAAAUCUCUGUCAGAAAUAUUCACUAAAUUCUUCCACUGAAACAUUAAACAUUUUUGGAAAAAGUAGAAAAAAUAUUAUUAUACCAGGACUAUCAUGUAAAUAAUAAUAAUAAUAAUAAUAAUAAUAAUAAUAAUAAUAAUAAUAAUAAUAAUAAUAAUAAUUUGUUGUUUUAAAUUCCAUAGAUGGUAUUUUGUUUAAUGAAAGAUCUGUCUUUGUCAAUACCAUAAACAUUCUUUUACUGUUGAAUCAAGAUCCUAUUUUACAUCAAUAAACUAUACACCAAUCGUCCAUAACAUUAAACACAUCCUGCC